AUGUUGGUUGUUGGGAUUUUCAGGUUUUUCAAAGAGUGUCCACAUCCGGACGAGAGGCAGAGAGCAGAGCUUAGUCUUGAACUGGGAAUGGAGCCCAUGCAAGUCAAAUUUUGGUUCCAAAACAAGCGCACACAAAUGAAGACACAGCAUGAACAUAAAGAGAACACUUUGCUCCGAACUGAAAACGAAAAAUUGCGAGCUGAAAAUAUGAGGUACAGAGAAGUCCUAAGCAAUGCUUCUUGCCCUACUUGCGGCGGCCCAACACCCAUACGAGAAACAUCCUUUCACGAGCAACAAUUAAGGAAUGAGAAUGCUCGUUUACGCGAAGAGAUUGAUCAAAUUUCGUCCAUGACCAAGUACGUGCCGAACACACUAGGAAAUUGCAGCUCAGCAUUGACAGCUAGCACUUUGAGGAGAUCAAUGAUAAUUAAUAGCCCAAAGCAAAGUGAAGAGUCCAAGAUUGUGAUUAUUGUUAAGGCAGCAAUGGAGGAGCUAAUGAGGAUAGCUCAAUUGGGAGAGCCAUUAUGGGUGACAACCAUGGACCGGAACACAACCUCGUCUUUGAACGAACAAGAGUAUUUAAGGUCGUUUUCUAGAGUGUUUGGGCCUAAACCAAAUGGGUUCAAGUCAGAAGCUUCUCGAGAAACGGAUGUUGUUGCUAUGAGUAGCACUAAAGUUAUCGAGAUCCUCAUGGAUGUGGAGAAAUGGUCCAACGUGUUCUCGGCUGUGGUCUCGAGAGGGAUCGAUUUGCAAGUUAUUUCACCUGGAGUUGGUGGAAGUUACAGUGAAGCUAUACACGUGAUUAAUGCGGAGUUCCAAGUUCCUUCACCACUUGUACCGACUCGUGAAAGCUACUUUGCGAGAUACUGCAGACAAGACGUGGAUGGCACAUGGGCUGUGGUGGAUGUUUCUUUAGAUCAAUUAUUGCAGCCCAAUCCAUUCGUCUCAUGCCAGCAUGAGAGUAGGAAAGGCAUGUUGAUUCUUGCAGAAAGAAUGGUGACGAGGUUUUGCCGUGGUGUGAAUUCAUCAAAUGGAAAUUCUUGGUCAACUCUCUCGGGGAACGCCAAUGACGCGGUCAGAGUUAUGAGUCGAAAGAAUGUGGAUGACAUCACCAUGCCCUUUGGCAUUCAUCUUAGUGUCGCAACUUCUUUAUGGCUUCCAGUCCCUCCAAAGGCCGUCUUUGACUUCUUGCGAGAUCACCAAAACCGAAAACAGUGGGAUGUGAUCUCAAAUGGCGGCGAAUUUGAGGAGGUGAUGCAGAUUGGGACUGGGAAUGAGUUGGGCAAUCAUAUUGUCGUAUAUCAAGUAAAGGUACUGUGA